AUGAGUGAAGAUGGUAAAUCGAAAAAGGAAAUUAUCGAGACAUUGAGGAACGGCUUGGAAAUAUUGACAAAGGAGUUUCCAUGGGUUGCUGGACAAGUUGUAAAUGAGAACAAGAAAGAAAAUGAAGAUACAGGCAUAUUUAAAAUUACGGCACUUGAGGAAAUUCCUCGGUUCGUUGUCAGGGAUAUGGGUAAUGAAGGAUCAGUUCCAUCAAUGGAAGAGUUGCGAAAUGCUAGUUUUCCUAUUAGAAUGUUAGACGAAACUUUGAUUGCCCCGAGGAGUACUUUACCAGGGAUAUUUAGCGAAUCCUCAGAUAUUCCAGUUUUUAUUCUACAAGCAACGUUUAUUAGAAAUGGACUAAUUUUGACUUUCUUAGGUCAACAUCAAGUGAUGGAUGGAACGGGACAAGCACAAGUUAUUUCCAUGUUUUCAAAAGCUUGCCGUGGUGAGAAUUUCACCAAAGAGGAAUUAGAGACAGGAAAUAUGGAUCGUAAAGACAUAAUACCUUUACUUACAAAGGAAGAAGAGACCAAUUUGGGAGAUUUGCAUCAAAAGCUCGCGCAUCAGAUAAUAUCAAAUCCUUCUUCACCAAACGCAGAACCACGUCAAUGUGUUUGGAAAUCCUUCAAUUUUUCUUCUUCUUCACUCAGUGAAUUGAAAUCUCUUGCAACCGACGACCUUCCUUCAAGUGCAAGCUAUAUUACCACAGACGACGCACUAACAGCAUUCGUUUGGCAAUGCGUCUCGCGAAUCCGUCUUUCAAGGUUCUCUCCAAACAAAAAAUCAACCCUUGCAAGAGCUGUUAAUGUCAGACAUUAUCUAAAAAUUCCACCCACAUACCCUGGAAUGGUACAAAAUAUGACGUACAACAGUUUUACACUCACCCAAUCAAUCAGCUCCCCACUUGGCCUAAUCGCAUCGCAGCUUCGAUCCAAUUUUGACCCUAAUGGAUCCCAUCUCAAUCAAGAUACACGAGCCUUAGCCACUUUCCUCAACUCUACCAAAAACAAAUCGGUUGUAUCAUUUACUGCAUCGUUAGAUUUAUCCUCCGACAUAGCGCUAAGUUCCUGGGCAAAGCAAAACAGCUAUUCAUUGGAUUUUGGCCUUGGCCUUAACAAUCCUGAAUCCGUUAGACGUCCUCAUUUUACACCAGUGGAAGGUCUUGCAUAUCUACUCCCAAAAGCCCGAAAUGGUGAUAUUACUCUCGCUAUAUGUCUCUGCGAUACAGAUAUGGACCUUUUAAAACGUGAUGAACAAUUCACCAAAUACGCUACGUAUAUACCUUAG